UGGAGGGAACCCGGCCUCGCAUCAUGGCCCAGCAACUCUGGGACCAUCUGACCCGCUGGCUGCGUCCCACUGAACGGACCACCCAACAAAUCAUGGAGUCUGUGGCGGUCGACCAGUUCCUGGAGGUGUUGGAACCAGAGACUCGAGCCUGGGUCGCUCGCCACAGUCCCGAGACGAUGGACACGGCCGUCGAGCUGGCGGAGGCCUUCGAGGACGCACUGCUUCGGGUGGACCCCAGUCCAGCUCCAGUGAGGCAUCGGCCUUCGCCAGCGCACCCAAAGACUGCAACGAGGCCUUCAGUUUUCCCCGUCCCUUUGAGCGCCUCUCCUCCAAAGUGGAGACAGAGGUUAGCUCCCAGCUGGGCUAGAGAGAAUCCUUGGACCUCCCCUAGUGGACCAAGGGACAAACAGCCGUCUCCCACAGCGCCGCCUUCCCCUACCUGCUUCCGGUGCCACGAGGUGGGGCACAUCGCGAGAUUCUGUCCCAUCGCGAUGGAGUGUGACGUGGCCUUGCGAUGUCCGGCUGCAGAGGGUGAAGCUUGAAAAUCUUGGACACUGUUGGAUUACUGGAG